GCAAGCUAGUUGUAAAGAAACAAAAUGGAACUUCUUCUGCGAAGCACUGCCUAAUAAAAAUGCACAAAAUGUUGUAAAUAAGGUGUGUCGUAUAAGACAAGGAUGUAACUGUUGCCUCUGCGGGAUUGGUUAAAAUUUGCCAAUUACCUGCAAAGGGCUCACUCUGCACAUUCUCCACCCCGUAAAAACAGGGGUAACUUCAUUUUAACGACAUCGCUAUUCAAAGAGCAUCCAUGGAAGACAAGGUUAGUCGCAGUUCUGCUGACUCUUUGUCUGUCACAGAAGAGUUUGUAGUCGUCACGCCCAACUCGGAGAAAACACCGGAGCCUAGUCAGGACAAUGUAUCAACAACGUCAGCGGAGAGCACUGGACUGAAGAUUGUUGGCAACGGAAAUAUGGAAGAUCUUAAGCAACAUCUGGAUGAGGUCCUCGGAGGGGAUCAACAUGAUGGUAAAGCGCCCUCGGAUGGUCACGAUGAAGGAGUAAGCGGUUGGGAGACACCGACUAAUAACGAUAAAUCACGCUUUAGGAGUGUCAGCGAGCCAGUCUACUCUGCCAAUAAUCCAUCUCACCGUGUUGGCGGUGAUAGUCCAACUUCAUUCCAGCAGAUUUCAUCACAAGAUCUCGAUCGGCUGAGCCCAUCUCGAGUCGGCAUGGUCCCUUUGGAUAAGAUCUGUACCCUGUUCUCCCGCAUCAUCUAUCUUGGAGCAGCUUCGGUCAAUGCUCCUAAGAGCGAGAUGGAGGCCACUAAGAAAAUGACCAUAUUGAAGCAACAACAAUCUCAGAAUGCUAUUGAGAUUGUUCUGUCAGUGCCGAGGACAUCUGAAGGAUCUGUGAGAUUACUGGAGCCUGAUGGGAAAUCAGAGAUUUCGGCCUAUCGGAUUACGACCAUUCUCUUCUGUUGCCGAGGCCGAGAGGGUACGGGUAUCAGUGACUGCUUCGCAUUCACCUGUGGCCAUGGCAACCGUGACAGUCAGCUGUUCCAGUGUCACAUCUUCAGAUGUGAGGUUCCUGAAGCAGUGCAGCGAAUCUUAACGUGUUUUGGCCAGGCAUUCCAUCGUGUACCCCGUAGCCCUGGUCUAGUGGACAGCAUCCACGGUGCCAUGCCAGCACCCAGGGAGACUCUAAUGAGCUUCACCAUCCCAGUCUUAGUUGACAUCAGAGAGGAGGAUGGUAAAGGAAACUUUGGAGCUGUGCCCAGAGAUAAACGAUGUUUCAAAUUGAGACAAGGGGUGAAGAAAGAGGUGUUGGUGACGGUUCAGCAAACUCAUCAUCAAGUACUCAAUAUUGAAAGGUGUUUUGGUCUUCUUAUCAGCCCAGGAAGGGAGGUUCCAGACAGAGAGAUGCACCUCUUAGAUGUGGUGAAUCUUGAGACGAGUUCUGAUUGUAAGAACUACACAGUCACUAGUAUGUGGGAUCCCAAUAAGGCAGAUCUUGAAGUACUCAACACUGAAUCUCCACCAGGAUUAGUUCCGGCAGGAUUUGACAGUAGCUUUACCUGUGUACAUGAUAAAGGCAUGUUUAUGACCAUAGCUGUGGAUCUUGUCAUCACUGGUAUCCAGGAGCCAGUUCGUUUUGUGGUUGAGACCAAAGUGCGUAUUUUCCCAUCCACGGAGAAAUUCUGGUAUUUCAACAAGAAACCUGUUCAGGAAUUCUUCUAUCUCAUGCUGGAAGAGAUUGAAGCUGCUGUUGAGAAUGAGCCAGCGUAUGCCGUACUGACUCUAGAGAGUGAAUCCCAACGAGAGAGGAGAAGGAUACCAACACGCUCACCAAGCACUAACCUUGUACAAACACCUGACAGUAUGACAUCAGUCGCAGAGGAAGAAAGUGAUGAUGAUGAGCCUCUGCAGAGUGGAUCCGGCAACGUUGACAAGGACUGUGAGGAAAGUAUCCUAUUGAAUUGGGGAGACCUCCUGGCUAAAUGGCGUUCCAAUCUCAGUGUCCGCCCCAAACAUCUCCGCUCGAUGGUCCGCAAGGGUAUUCCUGAAGCCCUACGGGGUGAGGUUUGGCAGCUCCUGGCUGGGGUUAAAGAGUGUGAGGACCUGAUGGAAGAAUACCGUGUUCUUAUCACGAAGAUUUCACCUGCCGAGCAGGUAAUUCUUGCCGACAUAACAAGAACAUUCACAGCUCACGAGAAAUUCCAGAAUGAAAGCGAAGGAGGACAAGACGCAAUGUACAAAAUCAGCAAGGCGUAUUCAGUGUAUGACUCUGAGGUCGGCUAUUGUCAGGGGCUGUCGUUUCUUGCCGCCGUUCUUUGGUUACAUAUGCCAGAAGAGCAGGCAUUUGCCGUCUUAACGAAGAUCAUGUACGAUUACCACCUCCGAGAUCUCUUCAUGAACAGCUUUAUAGAAUUACACGUCAAGUUCUAUCAGCUUGAACGCCUCAUGGAGGACAACAUUCCAGAUUUGUUUUCCCACUUUGUGCAUAUUGGAAUUGAAGCUCACAUGUACGCCUCGCAGUGGUUUCUGACUCUAUACACAGCAAAGUUCCCUCUCUAUACAGUAUUUCACAUCAUGGAUCUCUUUUUAAUGGAGGGUAUGCCAAUUGUGUUCAACAUAGCUGUAGCACUGCUCAAAGCCGCCAAAAAGGAGUUACUUGGGCAAGACUUUGAAGGUGUAUUGAAGUACUUCCGUGUGACUUUACCGAAACGGUACCGAACCGAAGAAAGCGCUCAAGAGCUCAUGCAGACUGCACUGAGUACAAAGAUCAGUAACCGUAAACUGAAGAAAUACGAGAAGGAGUUUUAUGCAAUGAGGGAAGAUGAAGAUAGAGAAGACCCUCUGGAGAGAAUUGAAAGAGAGAAUAAACAACUCAUGCAUGCCAACAUUCGUCUGGAACAAGAGAAUGAUGAGUUAGCCAGAGAACUAAUUGUCCAUAGAUUAGCCAUGGAGAAACAAUUAGAUAAGGAGAGAGAUCGAGCUGAUGAGCUAGACAGAGACCUUAAGGCCAUCAAACUCCAACUUCUAGAUACUGAAGAAGAAAAUAAACACCUGGAGUCAGAGACUUCACAGAUCAAGGAAAUGUAUCGGACCGGGAUGGAAAAAUCAGAGUCAGACUCAAAAAGGAAUUCUACAAUCAUUGCGGAUUAUAAACAGAUUUGUUCACAACUCAGUGAACGUCUUGAGAAGCAACAGACAGCAGCCCGGGAAGAAAUGGCAAGACUCAGGCGGAGGUUACAGUCUUGUGAGCAGUGUGCCAAUCUGAUUAAUGAAGAUGGUAAACUUAACCAGUCCUCUGAUGUAAUCAGAGCCUCAGAGGAAGAAGAACCAGAACCAGAAUUAGUUGUUGCAGAACAACAGAUUCGUGAGCUUGAGCUAGAGUUAGCUCAGACCAAAUUACAACUCGUUGAGUCACAAUGUCAAGUUCAAGAUCUUGAGCAUAAACUCAACUCGGCAAUGACAGACCUCCAUUCAUCUAAGAAUAACAGCUGGCUCCAGAAGACAUUCUCCUCACUCAAAGAUGCCACGGUUACCAAGAAAGAAUAAUGGCAACAUCUUGAAGUCAGUUUGUUGCUGCAAGUUUGGGUGAAUGACUAGACUUGACCAGAAACUGUGACGUAGCUCUGGAAUUGACCGUUGUCGACCAUGCUCCAGUGCAUGGUUCGAUAUAGUCAAUCUCCCUGUGGUUCUAUGAUUUCUGGUUAGUCGAGUCGGUGUAGUCAAGUCUAGUCACCACCUGAACUUGCUCGAUACUAAAAUAAACCAUUUUGGCCACAUAUAAAUAACAAAACAGGUUUUCAUUGGCAAUUGAACAACUAUUUAUCACAAGAGUCAGUAAAACAAACUUGCAUUGCCAUGGUGAUCACAAAAUUUCCUAAACGAAUUCCAAAUAUUGUUCCGUAUAAAUUAAAUAAUUUGUGUGCAGAAUUUGUCAACAGCCAAAAGGCCAAGCGAUCCAAGCCUAAUUUCAUAUCAUUGCUAAGCAAAAAUGAGAUGUUAAGCUGUUUUUUAUAUGCAUUAUUCUCUUGUGGUCUUGCAUUUGUAUAGCAGCUCUAUGUGAUAUAUUUGUAAAUGGUAAUAAUGAAAUGUAAACAAAGGAAACAGCAAUAGCUCAAUAUGAAAUCAGUUUUUGAGAAAAGUUUGUUGUUUCAACAAACUAGUCUUCUCUCAAAACUGUCUUUGCUGAAAACACCAGAUAUCGUUAGCAUUUCAGUAACUUUUGUUAAGUAUGACAGGCGGCCAAAGAUUUUGUAGUGAACUAGUGAGCGUAGCUUUAUUCUACACAGCAGGACCGAAUGACAUCAACUGCUUACCAAUAAAUUCUGCUCUUGAGCCCAGUUCCUGCAAAUACACACAGUCACACAAUAAUCGGUAUGCGCUGAUUUCCUUUUGUGACGGAAGAAACUCGCUUUGUACGAAGCAGUAGCAGUCAGGAUGAACCGGGCUUAGGGCGGUCUGUGAAGUGUGUUUUUCAAACAGCCAUAAGUGUUUGUAAGAGCAGGACUUUGGAGUAAGCAGCAUUAGGAAAUUGGCCAUCGAUCCAUUGUAUUAUACACAAUAAUUAAACUAAUUUACAACGAUUCAUUUAUAAUCUGUAAAUAAGUAGGUCUAGUCUUAUUUAAUAAACCUCCAGAAGUCUUUUGUAAAUUAAACAAUGUGAGAUGGUAAAUCAUGCGCAUUUGUGGAAGCUAUUGAAAGAAUUAAUAAAUGUGCUGAGAAUAUUUUAAACUCUAGAGUCAUUCAUCAAGACAACGAUCGCAACCUAACGGGAAAACAAUUCAUAAAGCUGCUCAUGCUUAAAGCCACUGGACACCUUUGGUAAUUGUCAAUGACUAGUAUUUUCACUUGGUG